AUGAAAACCAAAGAGAAACUAUCAGCGCUGUAUCAGAAGAUGGACAAUAAGUUUGCUCAGCAGUUUGGGUUCAAAAUAAAAGAGGUCACAUUCAACCGAGUACUUGACUAUAUGUAUGCUCCCAAGGACUCUUCCAGCUUAGCAGUCACCAGAAUUUUGUUUGGUUUGGCGAUGCUGUUUGACAUCCCGGACGAGCGCGGCGGUGCCUCGAUGGUGAAACGCUGGGGUGACCCCAACACCUGCCAUUUCCCACUACUACCGUUUGUAACUUCAGUCGGCAUGCCUUACAUGGCACUUAUUUACGCUGCACUUUGGAUUGGAGCGUUGUGCAUCAUGCUAGGCUACAGGUUCCGUAUAGCAGCGCCAGUGUUCACCGCCUGCUAUUGGUACCUGUUCCUCAUUGAGAAGAGCUUCUGGAACAACCAUAGCUACCUCUUCGGGCUGGUCGCCUUGCUGCUCAGCGGCACGGAAGCUAAUUGCUACUGGUCCCUAGACACUUAUUUAGACCCUACGAUAAAAAAGUCAACAGUGCCGUACUGGAACUAUUUUAUACUGAAGUACCAGUUCUUCAUCCUGUACUUCAUGGCUGGGAUGAAGAAGGGCACGGCGGAGUGGCUUACUGGAUACUCCGUGCAGAACCUUAGCGAGCAUUGGGUGUUUGAUCCUUUCAAAUAUUUCUUGACGGUCCCUCAGACGGACUACCUGGUGGUUCACUGGUUUGUGUUCAUGUUUGACCUGACUGUGGCCAUCUGGAUGAUGUACUCCAGCACCAGACACGUGGCCAUGAUAUUCUGUGCUUUAUUCCAUUUGAUGAACAGUCGACUGUUUCGCAUUGGCAUGUUCCCAUGGGUAUGUUUAGCAACCAUGCCAUUAUUUUACCCGUUCGAUUGGCCAAAAAUAGUAGCAUCGUACUCAAAAUACAUCUAUUGGAAGGCAAAGGUGACUGUCUGUUCGAAAAUUAAAGACUUUCGAAAGGAAUCAAAUUGUGAGUGUCUUACAAAAGAUUCAAUGGAUCAAUUUAAUUCUGAAGACAAGAAUAUGGAAUUAAAAGAAGAUGAUGAAGCAGUUAUUAACAAAUACAAUAGUAAUGGAACAGAAGAAACCAAUAAAAACGAAACCAAACCUGAUAUUUGUAAGGAAUUAGCAAAAGUCGAAGAUGAUAUCGACAAGGAUAAAAGUAAAGUGGUUGAUAAAGAAGAAAAACCAUCAAAUGAAGUAGCAAAUAAAGACAAUGAUUUGCACAAAGAUAACAAAAGAAGGAAAAUAACAGUGUAUUUGAUUAUAGUAUACGUUUUCGUUCAAGCCUUUCUACCUUAUUCACACUUUAUAACAAAGGGUUACAACAACUGGACAAACGGCCUCUACGGCUACUCCUGGGACAUGAUGGUCCACACAUGGGACGUUAGCACUGUCAUCGUCAAAGUUGUAGACAAUGACAGCAACGAAAUGAUGUACAUCGACCCGCAAAUGUACACACUGAACGACAGAUGGUCAAGACAUGGAGACAUGGUAUACCAAUACGCACAUUGUUUAAGGAACAAUCUAGAAAAAGUGAGAGAAGUUAAUUGGCAUUAUCCAUCGAAGAUUUUGUCUAGAAACAUUUCUAUAUACGUCGAUAUCUGGUGUUCAAUGAACGGCAGGUUCGUCCAAAGAAUGUUUGAUUCGAAGGUGGAUUUGUUGAAGACUUCGUGGUCCCCGUUUUGUAAAGUUCCAUACUUGAUGCCUUUGUUAGAUGAGGCUAUACAUUGGAGGAAGGAUAUGGACGACAUUCGGAGCGACGUCCAUUCCUGGAGUGAACAUAGUGAUGUGGUGUUCUUUGCUGAUUUUCCAGGUUACGACCAAGAAAAAUACAUUCCAGAAGAUUUGCAAAACGUCUCUCUAACUAUUCUAGAAGGUGACGUCGUCUUCGAACCCGAAGUGACCCAACAACGCAUAGGACAGUCCUUCAAAUUAGCUAAAGGACACCGAAUCCAGAUCAUACCGGGAACGUUCCAUAAAGUCCUGAAUAUCGGAGAAGAGCCUGCUUUUUACAUGUAUACCUUCUUCAACCACACCCAAGGGGAUUUAAAAGAAUUGACCGCUAAUGUAAAAUUACCUAUUUUCAAAGAAUUGUACCGAAGAAUGUAUAACAUGUACAUUUUCGGCGAUUUAGUUGUCAAGAAUAUAUUUCAGUUGUUUAAAUUUUCUCAAUGUAGUUCAUAA